UUGAUCCUAUAAUAAGACAUCGCAAGCGGAGAAACAGCAAGACACACUUGCAAGCUGGUUUGAAAUUUCCCACGUGGCUAUGUUCUCAAGUAUGGCACCUAGCUGUGACGCGAUCGCAAGAUCGUUGGAGCAUGCACCUGCGCACAGUCAAUGUUGUUCCUCUCAAUUCCCCUAUCUUCCGCUAUUGCCAUAGUGGUAAUUUGGAGGCAGUUAGACAGCUCAUAGAAGGUGGUAAAGCUACGCCCCUGGACGUUGGACAUGUCUCAAAUAGGCAACGUGACUUGACCUUACUAGAGUAUGCCUCACUAGGGGGCAGUCAAAAGUGGUUAGGUAUCUCCUGAGCCAGACAACAUUCCCAAACCAUGAAGCAGUUCUCGCCACCGCCCUCAUGUUUGCCAGUGGUGGCAUCAAAUAUUACCCGCAAAAACCAGAGAUAUGGCAUACGAUAAUGUCGGAGCCAGAAUUCGAUAUAACUGCUGAGGAAGAUCAUGAUUGCCCGUGGCUGUGGAGAUGCUCAGACUCUCGAAGCCUGGAACAUAUUCUACAAAACAGAUACGAAAAGUUUGAACUUUGGCCGUUGGAGAAGCGCUUCCAGCUAGCACUUCGUUUCGAAAUAUUGCCAGUUUCGGCAUUUCUAAGAUGUCUUGGCGUGUCAUCAUUGGAUGCAAGGCUCGUUUCUUUGAAGGAUGUCUAUGGUACAACCAUUCUACAUCAUAUAGCGCGACGUGUAUUUGCAUAUCAAACCUGCCGAUUGGUCGAUGAAGAUAAGCAAAACUGGUUUGAUUUCGGGGUAGAUAUGUUGAAGAACGGCGCGGAUCCUUGUUGUAUCGCGGAAGUAGACCGAGCUUAUCGGAUGGUGCCAGAAUCUGCACAAUCAUACGACUCGAUCACGCCACUGUUAGAAACUCUCGGUAUCAGCUGGUUGCACAUAGAGGGUUCAUCAUCAGUUCUGACGCAACGGCUUGAAAAUUGGUGCAAAAUGAUAGAGCACGGCGGUAUCAAUCUGCGUGAUUACGCCGCCAUGGAAAGUCAAGCAUGGAAAAUGCUCCGUAUCAAAAACUGUGCAACAAAUGAUCCUGGUACAGUACUAUAUGGUGGGAAAAGGUACAGCCUUCUCGGUUUAGAUACUGAGUCUGGAUUGUUCGUGGAUACAUUUGGAAAUUGUAGCUUCAAGCUUGUGCGUCAACAUACUCAUGUUGUGUGCGAGCUGGGACGAACUCCAGGGGCAUACAUUGAUAAUGAUAACCUACCAAGGACUGUUAAUUGGUGGCCUAAUCAAGAUGAGAAGAAUGAAGGCAUUUGGGAAGUUAUCGCUUAUAUAACAACGGCUUCGAAAGCCAUUGAUGUAAGAGAACACUUGCGUCAAGCGAAAGAACCUUUCACCUUACUGGUUGAUGGUAUUCAAGAUGACUCAGGGCCCUUGAGUCUGAUGCAGUACCGGGCUUCACGCCAACGCAGCCAUAUGCGAAGAUCUAACAGCCAACCACCAAAUUUAAGGCGCAGAGAAAUUGCCCAGACUGCAUUGUUGCAAUCCGUUAGCCACCCAUGGCUUGAUAGUUAUCACCUCUGUCCUUCCGAAAGUAGAUGGAGAUUUGGAUGCUCAAAAUUUUCUUGCGAUGGGGAUAACACUGUUUUUCAAUUAUUCAGCGACAAUUACAAACGCACUGCGGCGGCUGUUAGGAGCUGUGUCCAAGAAAAGCUUCACAGCACAAGUGCGGUCCAGCAGAGCAUCUAUUGGAAAGUCUCAAGUUUCCUUGCGGAGAUUGCCAGUUGUCAAGAUGGAAGCGUGCCCGACUUGGCUCCAACAGUGUCUCGACAUAAUCGGGGGCGUGACUGCCCAGAAGGCUGCAGCACUGUUGAUCUAAAUAAGCUCAAAGUACCAGAGGCUCUUCGGUCACAUCAUCCCCAGCGAUUUUAUGAAGAAUAGUGACGACCGAUGGUUCUGAGGAUCGCGAGAGUUCUUAAAGUACUCGACUGAACUUCAAGA